AUGGCGGAUGACCUCACCGCCAUCACCCUGGUGGCACUGGGCACAAGCCUCCCAGAUACGAUGGCAUCCCGAACGGCAGCUAUGUCUGACGAUACGGCAGAUAACUCCAUAGGCAACAUCACCGGCAGCAAUGCCGUGAACGUGUUGCUGGGCAUGGGAAUUAGCUGGACUCUGGGAGCAGUCUACUGGAGCACUUCAGGAGUGACUGAUGAGUGGAAAAGCCAUUUGACCACCUCUGGAAGCUAUGAGCAGCUCUAUUUGGCAAGCAAUCCGGCUGGAGGCUUUAUCGUUACAGCAGGGGCUAUCUCCUUUUCCGUCUCCGCCUUUGCCGUCUUGGCUAUCUUUUGCGUGAUCCUGCUCUUCGCGCGACGCCAGCACUACGGUGGAGAGCUCGGUGGACCCAAAGCCGCGCAGAGGAGAGACAGCUUCCUAUGCUUCUUGCUUUGGGUUAUGUUCAUAACUGCAAACAUUGUGUACGACAAUCUCAAAAAGUGA